AUGAAGACAAAUUUAACUUCACUUCCUCCUUCGCCAUUACCAAAUCCUCCGUCAACUUCAAUCUUUAAGGACUUGUUGAAUUUCAAAACCCCAAAUCAGGCCUCACGAACCCUUAGUUUCCAGUGUAGUCCAUAUUCCCAGCAACCCAAGUUCUUCACUGCCUCAAAAAACACCAUCGUCUCCUAUUCACGAUGCGGCUUGAAAACCUCAUCUUUGAAAUCAAAGACGACACAGAGAUUGAAGGCAUUUAAGCUCGAGCAAUCCAAGUCGGCCAGGAAGCCGGAAUUCGAUGACGACGACGACGAGAGGCAGGAGAAGAAGGUGAAGCUCGUUGUUCGCUUGCCUCAAUCGGGUUAUGAUGUUAAUCAGAAGCAGAACCAGAGCCCGCAUUCUCGAGAUUCGGAUUCGAGUUCGGGCGAGGAUGGUGAGGAUUCGGAUGCCGAGGAUGGAGAGGAUGAGGAGGAUUGUGUUAAGAAACGCAAGAUCAAUGCCGUUGAUUACAGAUCCAGCGAAGAUGUAUCCAAUUCCAAUCAGGAGAAAAAAGUUCUGAAAACGACGGACACCGAACAUGGGUCACCAUUGGGGUUUGGUCCCACGGUACCUUUGCCAGACAAAAAGUUUUUGGUGUUCAUUCUUGACAGACUUCAAAAGAAGGACACUCAUGGGGUUUUCUCUGAACCAGUGGAUCCUGAUGAGCUACCUGAUUAUCAUGAAAUAAUCGAGCACCCUAUGGAUUUUGGGACUCUGAGGAAAAAGCUUGAUAAUGGAAUGUAUAAGAACUUGGAAGAAUUGGAGGCCGAUGUGUUUUUGAUAUGUUCAAAUGCAAUGCAGUAUAAUGCUCCAGAUACAAUCUACUUUCGCCAGGCACGGGCCAUACGUGAGCUUGCAAAGAGAGACUUUGAAAAUCUGAAACAUGAAGGUGAUGACGGUGAACCACAACCCAAGAUUGUGCGGAGAGGGAGGCCCCCGAGUAAGAACCCGAAGAAGUCCGUUGAAACUUCCCCUGUAGAUCAUGUUGGUCCUGAAAUUUCCUCAGGUGCAACUCUUGCUAGUGGAGAAGAUAAAGGAACUGGGUCUAAUUCUUACAAUCUAAGAAAGGGGCCUAUGUUUUAUAGAUUUCGUUCUACCGAUCCAUUUGUGUCAUCCAACCGGCCAAGACAUGGUGAAAAUUAUUCUGAGUGGUUGGUUGAUUGGAAUGAUGAAUUUCCAGCAUCCAUUCUAAAGGCUGAUAUGAAAUAUGGGAAGAAGCAUUUUACGGUCGACGAGAACAGACGUGACACCUACAGGCAGUUUCAUCCCCAGUCUUCUGGCAAUGAGCUAUCUGUUUUCUCUAAUUCUGUUGGUGAUAUGAAGCAGUUGAUGCCGGUUGGUCUUCACUUUGAGCCACUCGCUUAUGCUUGCAGCCUGGCUAGGUUUGCUGCAAAUCUCGAGCCUGUAGCCUGGAAAGUUGCUUCGAAGAAAAUAGAGUCUGUGUUACCUGCCGGAGUAAAAUUUGGUCCUGGUUGGGUGGGACAAUAUGAAUCACCAUCACAGCCAUUGACUUUUUCAACUAAGAAGCAGAAUUUAUCAAAUAACCCAACUGGUGAUAGCCAUUCAAGUAGACUGGUGAUGUCAAAUUCUGAUUUAAACUCUUCAGUUGCAUACAUGCCGUCUGAAAAAAUGGUUGAAUCUGUUAAGAAACUGGACGGCCAGAAUGUGGCAUCUGCACCAGGUGAAGCUUCUUUGAGAACUCGGUUCCAGGGUCCGUGGAAAUCUAUUGAUCCAGGUCACAGAAAUGGUUUUAGUGGUAUGUUUGGAUAUGAUUUAUCUGCAAUGGGGACUUCAAGAGGGUCCAUGUCUGGACCUUCUGGUGGGGACCCAGGACCCUCUCAAACGCUUGAAAUGCUAUCCAGAAACAACCCGUCAAUGACUCAGCCAUCAGUUUCAGAUAAUGUUAUUCUUGAGGAAGCCAAGUUGCCCGAAAAUUGGAAUACAUUACAACCGGGAUAUUCAUUGGCAAAAGGUGAAGUCUUCAAUUCUAAUGCAGAACCCAGCGACAGAAACUCUGGCAAGUCGUCUUGGCAGGAGUUGUCAAUGCAACAAAGACAUACCCUUCCGAUUCCACCCGACCUGAAUGUAAGAGUUCAGGGAGGUUCGCCUAGUUCUAGCUUACAGAUAGGUUCGCCCCAUCAACCAGAUUUGGCUUUACAGCUCUGA